AUGUACAGGAUGCUAGGGGUGCACCUUCAAGCCUCAUGCAUCACAACCGUCGCUUUCUCCAUCUUCGUAUCCGUUCUUUGGUGGUAUUCCGAAUUCGUUCUAAUUUUACUACAUCAAGACCCUCAAAUAGCCAAACUAGCUGGUAUCUAUCUCAAGUUUCUAAUUCCCGGAUUGUUUGCUUACGGGUUCUUGCAAAACAUCUUGAGGUUUCUUCAGACACAAUGUGUCGUGUUGCCACUUGUCGUAUGCUCAUUGGUCCCUCUAGUCCUCCACGUAGGCAUUGCCUAUGGUUUGGUUCGUUGGACCGGGCUUGGGUAUAGGGGAGCUCCUUUAGCUGCUUCGAUUUCGUUGUGGAUUUCGGUUCUCUUAUUAGGGUUGUAUGUGCUCAAAUCGAAAAAGUUUGAGAAAACUUGGAAUGGUUUCACUUCGGAAUCGUUUGGUCAUGUCGGUGCAAACUUGAAGCUAGCUUUGCCUUCUGCAACUAUGGUUUGUUUGGAGUAUUGGGCUUUCGAGAUUCUUGUUUUGUUAGCGGGAUCGAUGCCGAACUCGGAAAUCACUACUUCACUUAUAGCAAUGUGUGUGAACACAGAAUCCAUCGCUUACAUGAUUGCUUAUGGUCUAAGUGCUGCAGCUAGCACAAGGGUGUCGAACGAGUUAGGAGCAGGAAAUAUCGAACGAGCGAAGCAUGCAACGGGGGUCACUCUUAAGCUAACCGUUCUCCUAGCACUCUUUGUUGUUUCGUCGUUAUUCUUCGGACAUAAUCUAUGGUCCAGAUCCUUUAGUGACAGCCCCGUUAUAAUCGAUGCUUUCGCGUCAAUGACACCCUUACUCGUGGCAUCUAUAUCUUUCGAUUUUUUCCAAGGAAUAUUCUCAGGUGGCGGCACAGAGGCGGCGAGGAUUCCGCUGCUGAAGAGGAAGGCGGCGGAGGGGAGGCGAUGGCUGAGCAAGGUUAUCGACGUGGAGGAGGCUAAGGAACAAAUAGUGUUUGCGGUGCCGGUGAUUGCGACCAAUGUUUCAUAUUGCUUCAUUCCUUUGGUCUCCGUUAUGUUCGCCGGCCACCUCGGAGAACUCGAACUCGCCGGUUCGAACCUCGCUAAUUCUUGGGCUUUUGUCACUGGCUUUGAUCUCAUGUACAAGAGUACUAAAUGCAAUAAACUCGUAUAUAUAGAGAUAGUAUGGACAAAAUCUCUUGGAACAGGGAUUAUGGAUUGGUUUGAUAUGCGGAUUAGCGGUCCAGAUGAUAGGGCUUUUUGUGCUUUCGAAGUCACAAAAUGGACAAGAAUAGAUAUGUCUUCCGAUCAAGAUUCUUCGUCGGACAAUGUUCAAGGACAUGUUUGA